AUGUUGAAAACGGUACUUUUUCUAACAAUUAGUUUAGUGCUUUUUCCUUUGUUUACCAACUCGGUUCAAGAAGGUUCACUAUCUUCUAACUGGUCACAGAAUGGGUUUUUGUUUGAGAUACUUAUGGCAAAGAUGCAAUCUCUGCAGCAAAAUAUAUUUGAAGAAAAGGAACAACCUGUUUAUAGCGACUGCAAAUAUGUGCCAAGUAAUGCUUCUGGACUACAUAUGAUUCAGCCAGAGAAGCCAUUCAAGGAGCCGAUGACAGUGCUUUGCGAUCAAGAAUAUGAUUCCGGAGGCUGGAUUGUGAUCCAACAUCGUUUCAAUGGCUCAACGAACUUUUAUCGCAACUGGAAGGAGUACCAGAACGGGUUCGGCCAACUUGAAGGCGAGUUUUGGUUGGGUCUUGAUCGAAUCCAUCAGCUGACGACCUCUAAGCCACACGAACUCGUCAUAUUGCUCGAAGACUUUGAUGGUAAUAAGACAUACGCAAAGUACAGCCGCUUUGAGAUCGGUGGCGAAAGUGAACUGUACGCUAUAAACAACAUUACUGGAUAUUCUGGAACUGCCGGGGACUCUUUGGAUAGUGUUGCUGGAAUGAAAUUUUCUACUCUUGACUCGGACAACGAUACUUGGCAGAGUAGUUGUGCUGUAACAUACAACGGCGCUUGGUGGUAUUCGGCUUGUCAUAGAAGCAACCUCAACGGCCGAUAUCUACGGGGGGAGACAAAAGAAUAUGCUACGGGAAUGGUGUGGGAUUCGUUCCGAGGAUAUCAUUAUUCUUUAAAAUCUUCGAAGAUGAUGAUAAGACCAAUGUGUUAUGAAAAUAGUCGAAUUAUUAAUAAUGUUUAA